CUCUUUUUCCUUCACAGACGUCUCUGAAGGUGGGCUUUUCUCUCUGAUUAUUUUUUCGAUUUUUUGUUAUGGCUCGUACAAAACAGACUGCUCGCAAGUCUACUGGCGGCAAAGCGCCGCGCAAGCAGUUAGCUACCAAGGCAGCCCGCAAGAGCGCUCCGGCCACCGGCGGCGUGAAGAAGCCGCACCGCUACCGGCCCGGCACCGUGGCCCUGCGCGAGAUCCGCCGCUACCAGAAGUCCACCGAGCUGCUGAUCAGAAAGCUGCCUUUUCAGCGGCUGGUGCGCGAGAUCGCGCAGGACUUCAAGACCGACCUGCGCUUCCAGAGCUCCGCGGUGAUGGCGCUGCAGGAGGCCUGCGAGGCCUACCUGGUGGGGCUCUUUGAGGACACCAACCUGUGCGCCAUCCACGCCAAGCGGGUGACUAUCAUGCCCAAGGACAUCCAGCUCGCUCGUCGCAUUCGAGGAGAGAGAGCGUAAAUGUAAAACUAACUUUUGAUCAGUCUAAAACCCAAAGGCUCUUUUCAGAGCCACCCAAUUAUUCCAACGGAAGUAGCUGUGAUAACUGUCUUUUAUCGUUAACGAAAAUACGGUUGUGUGCUCAGCAUCCUUGGAAGGAUUUUCUCUGCCUAAUACAUAGCCCUCUAGGUUUUCAUUAUAUGUUGUAUGUAUAUACGUAUUUAAAACGUUGGCUGAUCACAUUAACCUGCAAUUCUGGUGCAAUAUGUGAGGCAGGGAUCUAACUGCUCUCCCCUUUUAUCCAUAGCUAGCUACUAACUUUUUGUCUUUCACUGUUGACCCAGCAUACAUUUUACAAACCAACUUUAGAACAACCACAUCCUGUCAAACAUUAAAACUAUUAAUUCCAAACUCUUUGCCUCACAUUCUUUUUUACACGUAAUAUUUUUUCUUGGCCCACAUCUAGAAUGUGAAUUGAUAUACCAUGCUAAAAUCAGCUGGCCAACUGUCAACAAACCACACACAAAAAAGAUUACAUUUGAAUUUCAUCAUUUAUUUAAAUUCAUGUGUGUCCCAGGUUUUAAUAAAGCAGUUUUUGGUUUACCAAA